AUGGCCACUGAUUUGAAAACACAGUUGAUUGAAAAAGGAAAAGAUUUUGUUGCACACUCUCUUGCUGUGGAUGAAACUACUGACACAAUUGAUGCGGCACAACUGGCUAUUUUCAUCCAUGAAGUGGACUGCAAUUUGUUCAUCAUGGAGGAAAUUUUGGACAUUAAAUCGAUGCACAGGACAACAACAGGGAAGGACCUUUUUGAAAAAAAAUGUCAGAUUGCAACCGACAUGAAACCGCCUUGGGACAAACUUGCUGGACUUUCAACAGAUGGAGCACCGGCGAUGUGUGGUAAGAAAAAAAGUGGGCUGAUGGGUAGGAUGCGUUUAGAGUUACAAGAAGGGAACUGCGCUGGUGAGUUGACAACAUAUCAUUGCAUCAUACACCAGGAAACGAUGUGUGCUAAAGCCUUUAAAAUGAAACAUGUAAUGAGCACUGUAACGCAGACCGUAAACGUUAUCCAAGCUAAAGGGUUAAAUCACCGCCACUUUCAGUCUUUCCUGCAGCAAAUACAUUCAGAGUUCAGUGAUGUGCCUUAUCAUACAGAGGUGCGGUGGCUCAGUCGGGGACAGGUCCUCAAUAUAGUUUUUGGGCUGGUUGAGGAGAUAUGUCAGUUUAUGAACAGUAAAGGAAAAGAAUCCAAAGUUCUGCGAGAUGAAGAAGGGAAAUGCGAGUUGGCGUUUCUGGUUGACAUAACUGCGCAUCUCAAUGUUUUAAACAUCCAGCACCAGUGA